AUGCCUGCAGAAUCAACCAUGGUCACUAAAUAUCCCGCCACGCUCAUUGGCGACCCAGCCAACUCUUCCCCUUUGAUCAUCUGCUUCCACGGCUCAGGCGACUCGUGUGCAUCCUGGAUACCCCUGGCAGAACUUCUUGGCACCAAAUAUCGAGUGCUCCUCUGGGACCGCCAGGAUCCUUAUAUGAAGCCCAAGUCAAUUAUAAACGGGAUUCUGUGGUACUUGGAUCAAGCGAAACUACCGCCACCUUACGUUUUGGUCGCGCAUUCAUAUGGCGGCAUGUUUGUGCGGCUGUUUCUUGACCGAAAACACCCCGACGUGGCGGGGGUGGUGCUCGUCGAGACAGGCCAGGAGGCAGAAACAGGCAAAGGAAUCGAGGAGAAGCAAUACAGGAACCAAAUCCUGGGAAAUAAGCCCCUUGUGGUCAUUCGUGGUAACACGUUGAUAGGGAAGUGGAAGCAAUACGAAGAAGCCUUUGUUGCUGCUGAGGGUAAGACUAGUCCCAACCUCGCAGCACAGAAACAGAUGCUGGAUGCGGCGGAUAAGGAGGAUGAACGCCUGAAAAAGGCACAACUGGCACUGUCGCGAUGUCAUCGCUACGUUCAUAUUCCGGACUGCGGGCAUGACGUUAUUCAGCAGAGACCAGAGGCAGUGGUUAAAGAAGUCACCUGGGUCAUGGAUCAUCUUCAGCCAAUGAAUGAGCAUUCAACUAUGGGGCUGAAAGCGUUGGUGUGGCUAAAAAGUCUGAAAGAGCGGUUCUUAGGUUGA